AUGUUCAGCAUCAAUCCCUCCAACUCCAAGCAAUCGGUCGACGAUGAUGAAGACUUUGUGUUCAAUUUGACUGACUUUGAAUUCAACACCAAUUUAGCAGAAACCAUCCAAGAAUCACGUCCCGAUUUUUCAAAAAGCAUUCAAUAUCAGCAUCAUGAUGAGGUCUCCGAUCAUCAUGCCAAUCAACAACAACACCUCUCCGAAGACUAUUGGCUCUACAUUUCUGAAUUUAUUCCCUUGUACGAUUUUAAUAGAUUUUCUUUGGUGUGUACAGCUUUUGCUGAAAUAUUGACCUAUAAUCGGAGAUAUUUAGUGUUAAAGAAGAUUUCAAAGGAUUUCAAGAAAGUAUUCAUGAGCUCACCCGAUUUAAAUGCAGAUUCAAUUAUUACAUUAACUGUGGAAAGAUCCCCAAGUGACGAUCCCAACUUCUCCAAAGCAUUACAAUUUGACAUUUUUGACUUUUUAAUUCGAACAGGAAAAUAUCAACGAAAUUUAUUCAGAUAUUUCAAACCAGAUUAUUAUGAUUCAUCUUUUGAAAUGAAUGAUGACAUGUAUCUUCGACCGCUUCAACAAGAUGUCAUUCUUGAUUGUAUUGAUGAUUUUAAGUACGCUCCUGCGAGGUUGCUUGAUGACAAAGAUUUCAUCCUAAAGAAGGCAUUUAAAGUAUCUCGUGAAAGCCCAAAUUGUUAUAUAUUAUUAUCCACUCGAUUAAGAUCUGACAAGGAAGUAAUGAUCGCUGCAAUGAAACACAAUGGCGCCUUACUGAACAACUUACCUUAUGGCGUGACGAUUGACCAUGACAUACUCAAAGCUGCUCUUUCUUGUAAUCUAAGCCGUAACCAACUUGUUUAUCAUCACUACAGUGGAGGUCUCGCAUUUUCGAGACUCACUCGACAUGUUCUGUAUUAUUAUUUUUCGAGAGGUGAAAUGAUCGAUCGAGAAAUUUUACAUUUCGCUCUCAAGAAAGAAAAACUGAGCGUGUUGAAAGAAUUGGUAGAACUUACAAAACUACCAAAGGAUAUCAUGCUUGAUGCUUUGCAGGUUGCAUUUUUCAUUCUCAAAAAUUACAAACUGGCCUAUCAAUUACUAGAAAAGUAUUUUUAUGCACAUUGCAUGGUAAAUAUGGAAAGGGGAGAAAAUUCUUAUUCUCUCGAACCCUAUGCCUAUUAUUUUAAUAACUUUGGUGAACCAAUUGAUGGCAUGGAAUUUUAUCCACCAUUCCGAAAGUGGAGCAUGAUGGAAGUUGUGGAACGCCUCACAGAGAAGGAUCACGCAUAUUUUGCAUUCUUUACUUGUUCAAAAACGCUUUCUGCUCCAACCAUACUCUACAUGAUGAAAUACAUGAAGAGUGGCAGAAUGACACCUGCCUUAGCAAAAAAUGUAUUGACAAAGACAUUGGAAUCAAAAUGUGUCGAUGAAAUUGCAAAGAAAUUGGCUUUAGAACUUGUCACUUUUGCUUUCGGAGACAAGGUUCUUGUGAAAAAAAUGAUUUCAAUGUAUCCAGGCUUGUUUUCAAGCCUUCCUGAAGAUUUAAAAACUGAUUCAAGCAUUAUUCAAGCAAGCUUGCCUUAUAGCUUGGCUCUUGUUCCUGAAAAUGCAAGAACGGAGGAAUUUUAUUUACAGUUAUGGAAUAAGAAGGCAAGAUUGUUUUUCAAAUGGAAAAGAGAACAUCCAAAAAUGGUUCAUGACGUUCUAUUUUCAAUCAAUGCAGAAACUGGAAAAUUAAUUCUGAGGGACCAUGUCACAAAAUAUUCAAAUUUUUUACGUUAUCUCUAUACGAGUCAUUUUGAUGGAAUUUCUAGUAUUGAAGAGGUGAUAUCUCCUUCCCAAGUUGCAGCUCUAGUGAGGAGUUCAAAAACGGGAUAUAUUCGAUCCACUAUUGGCUUUCCACAUAUGUCAAAAGAUGAGGUUGCUAUUGAGCUUGUCAAAAAGAGCGCCCAUACACAUUUUAUGCUAUUGAAUAAUGUGAAUCCAGAUCUUGUGGUUCCUUUGAUUACCAAACAAUUUAUCAUACAUGUCACGUAUACCUAUAAUUGUUAUUUUUCAACUCGCCUGGUACAUUUGCUUUGGGAUAGGGACAUGAUUAUCCUGAAAAAGAUCUUUGAAAGAACUGAGAGAGAGAGAUUAAAUAAGGAAAUUGCUGAAUCUCUUGCUGAGCUAGUUCGAAAUGAAUUUGAAAAGUUGGUAGAACUUUCAAAGGCAUGCCCUUCAAGUUUGCAAUACUUUUCAAAAGAGAUACAAGAACAAAUUAAUCAGGCAUUGGAAAAUCAUUAA